CUCCAUAACAUAAACUGGCGGCCGAAAUCUUCGUUUCCCAACAUCUUUAACAACACAACACCCCCAAAAUUCUUCUCCCAAAAACCAUCUUCAAACCACUUCAAAGAAUUGACGACAGAUCUUCAUGAGUUCAAAAACCAGCGCAGCAGCAUCCAACGUUUCCUGCACCUCGGGAAACAACAACAACUACUCAACUUACUCCGCUUUCCUUUGCAUCUUCUCAAGCUUCUUCAAGAACCCAAUCAUUUACUUAAACUUUCUUCUAAUUAAAGCCAUCGGUAGAACCCUUUCAUCCGCUCGAAUCUUAGUAUCUUUCCAUCCAUAGUGACGCUAGUAAGUAAUCAGAACCCGCUUGCGAGAUUUUCCAUCAUGGUUUUUUCUCAAUUAACCGCUUUAAUGGAAGACAAAACAUGCAAACCGUUUGCACCAUCCAAGAACUAUUUGCACCUCCCGUUAAACCCGCCCGACGCCACGUCAGAUAGUUUCGAACUUGAUUUCUCCGAUACAUUUGGUCCUCUACCCACUCACGGAACUUCUGAAAUCUCAACCGAAACUAUAUACGAUGACCCGGUGGUCAUCUGCAACCGAUCACAUUCUCUAGUGGGCCCUACGCCACGUGUUAGCCACUUGCUAAACCUAAAGAAGCUAACCAUAUGUGAAACAGAGGAACUAGAGGAUUUUAACGAUGUGGCGGUUGAAGGAGUUGAGGAAAGCUGCGAGAAGGUGCAGAGUGUAGGGCUUGAAGAUUUCGAGGUUAUGAAAGUUGUGGGCCAGGGGGCGUUCGGGAAAGUUUAUCAAGUUAGAAAGAAGGAUAAUUUGGAAAUAUAUGCGAUGAAGGUUGUGAGGAAAGAUAAGAUUGUGGAGAAAAAUCAUGCGGAGUAUAUGAAAGCCGAGAGGGAUAUUCUAACGAAAGUUGAUCAUCCGUUUAUCGUCCAACUCAGAUAUUCUUUCCAGACUAAGUAUAGACUUUACCUUGUGUUGGACUUUGUGAACGGAGGGCAUCUCUUUUUCCAGCUCUAUCACCAUGGGUUGUUUCGUGAGGAUCUGGCCCGUAUAUAUGCUGCAGAGAUUGUUUCAGCUGUUUCUCACCUUCAUGCAAAUGGCAUAAUGCAUAGGGAUCUUAAGCCAGAAAAUAUUCUACUUGAUGUGGAUGGCCAUGCUUUGCUUACCGACUUUGGGCUAGCAAAGGAAUUUGACGAAAAUGCAAGGUCCAAUUCUUUAUGUGGGACGGUAGAAUACAUGUCGCCCGAAAUUAUUCUUGGUAAGGGCCAUGAUAAGGCUGCGGAUUGGUGGAGUGUUGGAAUCUUGUUGUUUGAGAUGCUCACAGGCCGGCCACCAUUUCAUGGAGGAAAUCGAGAAAAAAUCCAGAAAAAGAUAGUGAAGGAUAAAUUAAAGCUACCUGCAUUUUUGACAAGCGAAGCACACUGCCUGCUGAAAGGGUUGCUGCAAAAGGAUCCAAAUAAGAGGCUUGGAAACGGGUCAAUGGGAAGCGAUGAGAUAAAGCAUCACAAAUGGUUCAAGCCAAUAAACUGGAAAAGAUUAGACGCUCGAGAAAUCCAGCCCACUUUUCGACCCGAAGUUGCAGGAAACCAAUGCAUUGCUAAUUUUGAUAAACGUUGGACCGAUAUGCCGCUAUUGGACUCCCCUGCAUCUAGCCCAAACGCUUCUGCAAACCUCUUUCAGGGAUUUACUUACGUCAAGCCUGCAGCCUCUUUUCUCAGGAGAAACAGCCCGGUCUGCUGAUCUUUUCCGUUUGUUUUAUGGUUUCUUAAUGUGAAACUCUGUUCUAUUUCAUUAUCAUGUUGGUCCCUUUUUACUUUUUACAACACUUUCGUGAUGUGUUUGGUUGUGGAUGUCGGAUUUUAAUGUGUUUAAUUACUACUUAAUUUCUUUUGUGUUUA